AUGAUGUUUGUACCCUUUGAAAAUGACUAUGUUUCUGUCAAUCAACUGGUGGCGCUUGUGUCGGUUUUACGUGCUGAAUAUGAUAUUGUACUUCAAGUCAAAUCAAUCUCGCUCGAUGCGCGAGCUGGAUUAAUUGAAAAUGGUCAAAUUAUAGCAAAACGUUUAGUUAAGUUUUAUGCAAGCGCCGGAACGGUGUUACUUAUUCGCCCGCAUACCUUGCGCUCAACGCUUUUUACAAGGUUAAAAGUGCAACCUGUAACCAAGCACAAUUGCAGUAUGUCCGUGAUUUCCGAAAACUGCGACUUCUGUGACUCUUGGCAGCCCGCCAGUGAAUUUUUAUAA